AUGUCCUGUGUGAUAAUCCCUACCGCUUGUUCUCUCUUGCACAAACUUCGUCGCACAAAAGCAUGCUUAAUUCCACUUGAUUUGUUUCAUCCAGAUUUAAAACUUAACUGCCAACAAAUAUUUCCCAAACAAGCGCUCUCAGGAUCGGAGAAUGGAUGGAAACUUACAAUUCAAGGAAAAACUCACUUUGUGAAGUCAGAAAGUGUUGGUCUUCAAAAUAACUAAAAAUUCGACUUCAUUCUUAUAGAUUUUCGAUAAAAUCAUCUCGUGAACAAAUGUUUUCUGAAGUUCCAAUAAUACCUGAAUACAUUAUACUCUAUAAUGUACGCUCCAGGUUAAGAAAUAGAACGCCUAGAACCACGAUUUGUUAUUGUGGUAACAGUAUCAGUGGUCAAAGGAGGGUAAGAGGUAUUUGUAUCAUAUUUUUGUUUCUAAGAUUGUAUUAGGUACCCAAGAUGAAAUAAAAACAAUAACCUCCCCGUGUUUGUCUGGCCAAACGACACUUUUUGACAAUAUAUUUUGUCUUGAUUUGUUUUUUUUAUUUCUCAUUUUCACAUUCCUAUUCAAUGUGAUACUUUAAUGGUCUGAAAGGUCCGUAACAUGGUGGACGUCUCGCCCUUUAAAACGACAAGCGAGCAUAGUGUUAUCUGUCGUUUUUUACUGUAACAGACACAUCAUCCUCAUUUAUCCACUCGAGGAGCGAAACGUAUACAAUAAAGAAGAAUUUUAGCACAUGGUUUGAUUGGCCAGACAAGGAAUUACCGACAUGAAAACCACAGGAUAAGUUUCAGAUGUAAAUAAAACAAAAAAAAAUGAUGAGAAAGCAAAUGGAUUAGGUGUAGUUUAUUUUCAAAGAUGAAAAGUAUCUCAUUUAUUACAUAUUAUUAUAAAUUCUACAUUUAUUGCAUACCUAGACGAAUUUUUUAUAAAUAAUUUACACAUCAUCAAAUACCAAAAAUAUGUGCUGUUUAAUAUUUCUUAAAUUGUAAAGAUUGUACAGUUGUGUAGUUAGUAUACCAUGUAUAUCAUCUCAUGUACAUAAAUAAAUUUCCAAUGUUACCAUAUAUUUCAAUCUAAAUGUCAUAUAACGUAACGGUGAUACGUAGUGGUUUAUUUACGUAAUAU